AUGGUGGACGCGCGCGUGGCGGUGGAGGUGCAGAAGAUCACCGGAGAGACCUUUCAAUGCCACGUGGACUCCGACGCCACGGUGCAGCAGCUGAAGACCUCCCUCGCCAGGGAAGCCAGCGUGCCUGCGCUCUGCCAGCGCUUGCUGUUGCGCGGCGUCUCCUCGGACGCCGCGCGUGAGCAUCUCCUGCCCUUCUUUGCCUGCCAGAUGCAGCGGGCCGUCGAUCUCAUCGAGCGCAGGAACUUGGGCGAAUUGAAAAGCUUGAUGCGGCCGCCGCCCGACCUCCUCGAUUGCUGCCGCGUCGUCCUUCACAUGUUGGUUGGGAAUCCCACGAUGGCUGCUUCGCGCAUAGCCCACGACAAAGUCGGGCUUCCGAGGGAGACCGACUGGCGCGCCUGCCAGCGCAUGAUGGCUUCCCCUCAAGACUUGCUCGAAGCCAUGUACUCCUUCGUGGAGGAUGUCCGCCGUGGCCAUGUGCAAGCCCAGCCCAUGCAGGCUGCCGAGGAGCUCGCGGCCCAACUCGGGCCGCGCUUCACGCCGGGCCUCCAACGACGCCUCAGCGGUGCCGGCGCCGCCUUCUGCGAGUGGGCCUUGGCCGCCCUGACGUUCUAUCGAUUGCACAUGGCCGCCGCUGCUGGAAACGAAGUGUCGGUGGAGUUGGAGGACCCUGUCCCGGUACAGUUGUACUUGGCAUGCAAGAGUGUUGACGGCUUGCUGUCCCUCGUGGCCGACAUUGAGCCAGCCGUGAAGGUUCUCUCCUCUGCCACGGCAGGGAGUGCUCUUCAGAUCGAGGCGCUUGAGGCGCUGGGCUCCCUGGGGCCGAAAUCCUCUGAGCGCGCCCUGCGGCUGCUGGCGAGCUGGCUGACCUCAUCCUCACUGGACCUUCGCAAGGCGGCGUUGCAUGCCAUACAGCAAGGCUGGCAGGCGGACGACGAGGAGUGUGCUACCGUGCUCCUUGAAGUUUUGCCAGACUUCUCCACUGGAGUUGCGGCUCCACGGCAAGAGGCCCUGGAGGCCCUCCUGCAUGCCAAGCCGGACCAUGUGGGCGUUCUGGACCGCAUCGUUGGCGGUCUGAACGUGGGCAACGAGGGUGACCAGCACGUCAGCCUCAGCUAUUUCGAGCGCGUGGCAGAGGCUGCGGAUGCCGAGGCUUUGGUCCAGCGAACCUUGGCCCAACUGUUUCGAGACGGCCCUGGACGGCCGCCAGCCCCGCAAGAGGCCAUCAUGAACGCCUUGGCCCUGGCAAGCGCGAGAGCCUAUGGCCAAGCCCGGGCGGGGCUCCUGCUGCGCCUCGUGCCCACGGAGCCUCACUGGGUGCAGGUUCUCGCUGCUGCAGCGGCUGCAAAGGUCCUCCGAGAGGAUCCGGAGCUGUUGGCGGCCAUGUCUGCAUGCAAGCACAACCUCGGCACCGAGGACCAGGUGUCCCUUCUUCAGAGCCUGGUCGCGCUGUCGCCUGCUGCCCUGGGCGAGGUGGUUGCCAGCCUCUGCUUGGCCAUGGAGAAGGCUGAGGCUCGCAGCCGCUUGCUGGUCCUCCGGGCCCUGAUCCUCCAUGCGCCCGAAGGUGAUGAGGGAGCCCUAUCUCUGGCGCUGCAGUACCUGGGCCGGUCAAGCUCCAUCAUGCGGCAGGAGGGUUGCGAGGGUCUCCUGUUGGCCGCGCGGCUGGUGCGGAAGAUCGGGGCGGAAGCCGCGGUGAAGGAGUCAGAAGCGAUGCUCCUGGACGCGUUGACGGGCCACUUGGCCCGGACGGGUGACAAGUUCCUUCUGCUGACGCUGCUCUCGUGGUGCCGAGACUUCUCCGCGGAGGUGGGAUCUUCGGCCUUUGUCGGCCUCGCCAAGGGCUUCCGUAAGCAGAACCCUCAGAUCAGAGAAGUCUGUGCAAGGGCGUUCGAAAGGCUUCUCCCUUUCGGCAACGCCCAUGCGGCCACCGCUGCACUGGUGGAUGUCAUCCAGCUCGAUCACUUCGACUGGUCGCGGGUGCUUGCUGCCAACCUGCUCCCCAUAGCUGUUGAAGCCGGUGACAGCGAAAACUCCAGGGCUGUCCCUGCGCUUCUCGAGCUGGCGAAGGACAGCAACCUAGCAGCAGCGUGA